AUGCUUCCAUUCUUUUCCCUACUCCCCUUCUUGGGAGGAGCUUUCAUCUCGACCGUGUCGGCGGCUGGUGAAAGGGCUCCCAAGGGUAAUGCUACUAUUCCUGGCGCCUACAUGGUCGAGUUCGAAGAUGCUCAUGACAUUCGUUCUUUCUAUGACAGCCUCAGUUCCAAGAAUAUCAAAUUCUCUGAGAGGCUGAACCUGAGUUACAGCCUCUUCAAGGGUGCAUCAUUCAAGCUCGAAGACCUUUCCGAUGAAGAUCAGACCGUAGACGAGAUUGUCUCCCUGGCGACAGUCAAGUCGCUAUGGCCAGUGCGCCGCAUCAACGUGCCCAUUGAGAAGAAGAUCACCACGGGCACCAGCAUCACCCCGGAAGAGGCUGCCAGGGCUCUCCGGAAGCGUCAAGACAACGGCACCGAGGCGGACACCUUCUCGACACAUGUCCAGACCCAGGUCGACCAGCUCCGCGCCGCUGGCUACACUGGUACCGGUGUCAAGGUCGCCGUCAUCGACACUGGCAUCGACUACCUCCACCCUGCCCUUGGAGGCGGCUUCGGUGAGGGAUACCUGGUGUCCUAUGGCUACGACCUUGUUGGCGACAACUACACAGGCUACAACACUCCGGUGCCUGAUGAUGACCCCUAUGACUGCGCUGGGCACGGAACUCAUGUUGCAGGUAUCGUUGCUGCUCAGCCGAAUGAGUACAACUUCACCGGUGCCGCUCCUGGGGUCACCCUAGGGGCGUUCAGGGUCUUCGGAUGCGAUGGCAGCAGUGCAGACGACGUUCUAAUCGCCGCUUUCAACCUGGCAUACGAGGCCGGCAGCGAUGUCAUCACUGCCUCUAUCGGAGGUGACUCUGGCUGGAGCGAAGAGCCCUGGUCCGUAGCCACCCAGCGCAUCGUCGAGGCCGGCGUCCCGUGUACCCUGGCCGCUGGCAACGCCGGUGAGUAUGGCCAGUUCUUUGGUAGUGCUGCCGCAGACGGAAAGGGCGUCACCUCGGUCGCGUCCUUUGACAACUCGGAGUACCCCAAGCUGCUUACCGAGGCCACAUACACCACGAGCGAGGCCAACGCUUCCACUCCGUUCGGAUGGGUUGCCAGCUCGGUCCCCUUUGGCAAUGUCACGCUGCCUCUGUGGGCCGUGAGCAACACCACAACGGUUGUCGACGAUGCCUGCUCAGCUUUGCCUGCUGAUACACCCGAUCUGUCCGGCUACGUCGUCCUGAUCCGCCGUGGCACGUGCACCUUCGCGAGCAAGGCCAACAACGCGGCUGCUUAUGGUGCUCAGUUCAUCCUUUUCUAUGCUAACUCGGAUGAAGUCAUCUCAGCCGAUAUCACUGGCGCCACCGGGAUCUUGGGAGCCGGUAUGGUAUCCGCAGAGCAAGGUGCCCAAUUCGUCGAGGAGCUGAACGAUGGCUUGGAUGUCAUCUUGACAUUCAUCGACCCCAACCAUGCAGGCGUCUUCUACACUUCGGUCCAGAACACGCUCACGGGAGGCCAUGCCAGCACCUACACCAGCUGGGGCCCGACCUACGAGGUUGAUGUCUACCCGGAUGUGGCUGGAAUCGGCGGCAACGUCCUCUCCACCUGGCCCCUCGCCCUCGGCGGAUACGCCGUUCUCUCAGGUACUUCCAUGGCCACACCCCAGGUCGCAGCCAUCUAUGCACUUGUGGGCCAGGUCCGCGGCACAUUCGACCCAACUGUCCUCGGCAAUGCUAUUACCACCACUGCCAAGGCCAGCAUAUGGAAUGAUGGCACCGCCACCUAUACCGGACUCGCACCUGUCGCCCAACAGGGACCCGGCCUGGUCCAGGCCUACGAUGCCGCUUUCACCACGACCUUGCUGAGUGUCGGCAGCAUCUCCUUCAACGACACGGAAAACUUCGUCGACAGCUAUGCAUUCGGCAUCGAGAACACCGGGUCGUCCAGCGUGACCUACACACUCAGCCACGUCCCAGCCCUGACGGCGUACACGCUCACAGAGCCCGCCUCCUGGCCGGCAUACUUCCCCAACCCAACAACAGACGUAGCCGCCAGCCUCGCCUUCUCAGACAGCACCAUCGAGGUCCCCGCCGGCUCCACGGCCAACAUCACAGUCUCACCCACCCUCCCCGCGGGCCUGGACGCCUCCCUCCUGCCCGUGUACAGCGGCUAUAUCACCAUCAACGGCUCAAACAGCGAGAACCUGGCCAUCCCCUACCUGGGCGUGGCAGGCAGCCUGUACAACGCGACCAACCUCGACCAGACCUACACCUACCUCACCACCUACAGCGACCCCUACCUCACCGACGUGGCCGCCAACACGACCUUCACCGUGCCCUACCCCACCUUCGCGGCGGCCCAGAACCCGGACGCCAGCACCGCCUACCCGGCCGCCACGUACCAGCUCGACCUGGGCUCCCGCGCCGUCCGCGUCGACGUCGCCCCCCUGAGCGCCAACUACAACGGCACCACGGCCGAGGUCCUGGGGACUACCAUUGCCGGCAGCGUGUACGGGUACCCCGUCACGUACCUGCCGCGGUACUACUACGUCGCGCCGUUCACGGGCCUGCUGGCUGACGGGACGGUCGUGUCGCCGGGGCAGUACCAGCUGGUCGUCAAGGCGCUGCGGAUCUUUGGGGACCCGGACGUUGCGGAGGACUAUUUCACUAUUGAGACUGUGCCUUUUACUCUGGCUUAUCAGUGA